AAAUUUCCAUAGUGCGUCGACGAAAGAAAUCUAUUGAGAAUUUGAGAUAAUAAGACUUAUAAGAGUCAUAAAGGGUAAUUGGAAAUCGGGAAGAACUCGGCUGCAGUGUUAAGAAUUUCAUGUUGCCAUGGGGACAGUCAUCAGUAAAGCUGCAGAUGGGAUUGGCGACCUGCUUGGAAAAACUUUGUUGUCCCCAUUCAAGUCUAUGUUUGAUGGAUCAUGCCAGGAGUGUUCGGGACCCUGGGAUUUGGUCUGUUUCAUUGAGCAUCUAUGUGUGACCAAUCUGAUGAAACUGCUGAUGAUCCUGGUCCUUUGCUACAUAACAUUGCUAUUUUUCUAUUUAGUAUUCAAGCUGGGGAUCUUUCAAUGCAUUGGAAAAAGCCUCUGUAAGAUGUGUUGGGUGGCAUGCGAGACAUAUUGGUUUGCACUACAAGAUAUAUGUUGUUUCUUAUGGUACAAGUUGAGCACCACUAAAAGAGUAAACCGGCGUCGCCGGCGCCAUCUCGGCCACCAGCAAUUUCGAGACAUUGAACAAGGCUACAGUUCAAGUGGGGAUAGUGACCCGUGGGACAAUUAUCGUAAUCUUAAUGUUAGUAGAAAGCGAAAGUCAGUCAGCAGGAGAAGAAAAGAUAGGGUGCAGAACUCUGUUCACCCUUCGAUUAGGCAUGGCACUCGCAGCCACCACCAUCAUCAUCAUGUAAGUUUAAAGACUAGGAGUAUGUCUGUCCAUGUUCCCGGCCGAUCUCAAAGGCUAAAAAGCUUGAGACGUGUGAAAAUAGGCAAGAUGAGAAAUAUUCAAAAGAAAACUAAAACUUCUAAGAGGAGAAGGCUUAGGUGA